AUAAAAUCUCCGCAAACCAGGAACGAACGCAAGGGACUGACGCAGAGAAACCGGGAGCCUCGAGAUCGAAAUCAAUGGCGUCUAGGGUUUCUUUGAAGCUCAAAUCGAAGGGGAAAGGAUCCAAGGGAUCUUCUUCUUCCUCUGAUGUGAAAUCGAAGUUGGAGGUCGCGAAGGCAUGGACCAACUGGACAUUGAAGAAGGCGAAGGUCGCGACCCACUACGGAUUCAUCCCUCUCAUCAUCAUCAUCGGCAUGAACUCCGACCCCAAGCCUCAUCUCUUCCAGCUCCUCAGCCCGGUUUGAUCCCCUGAUUUCGCGGUUCGUUAGCUACGGUGGAUUAUGAUCGUUGCAGAUCUUCCUUCCUAUGUAAUCGCAGAUUCGUCGAAUCUUCGUGAUGUUUUUAGCCUUCAUCGAAUGUUUUUUCUCUAGAGUUCUGAUCAGUUAGCUUAAUAUAUAAAGGUGAAAUCGAAUCUCAGUUUUCCGUUCUCUGUUA